AACCGACCAAAAGAUAGACCGCCAGCUGCUAGUCUGAUAGAUAGACAGCAUCCUCCUCGCGACGAGUUGGACGACACGGACAGUCGAGUUUGAGAGUGCGUCGGCGCAGGGUCGUCGAUUUUGUUUGGAAUAAGGUACUGUUCCGUCGCUUUUGGUGCAGAGACGUUUCCCGUUUUUUUUCGGCUGGCACCGAAAUUUGAUUGGUUGUUUUAAGUGAAAAAAGUGAACUUUAUAAAGGACUUUUGGUUUUAAAAAACAUGUGGCUGCGAACGUUAAGUUCAUCAGCUUUACGGGCAGAAGUUUCCCGACAAAAUUCGUUGCAGAAACUAUGCAGAACAUUCGCUACUCAAUCGAGUGAACCGGAAGGGCCCACAAUUUGUACCGAAGUUCCUGGCCCUAAAUCCAAUGCACUGCUGCAGAAACUGAACACACUCCAGAACGCCGGUUCCGUUCAGUUGUUUGCCGACUAUGAGGGCUCGAUUGGCAACUACAUCAAGGAUGUCGACGGGAACGUUUUGCUCGAUAUUUACACCCAAAUCUCCUCGGUUCCGCUGGGCUACAACCACAAGGAACUGUUGGAUGUCUUCAAGGAUAACUAUAAUUUGAGAACCCUAGUAAAUCGUCCAGCCUUGGGAGUAUUCCCGGGUGAAGAUUGGCCCAGCAAACUGGAAAAUGUCCUGAUGUCCGUGGCCCCAAGUGGAUUGACCCACGUCACCACGAUGAUGUGCGGUUCCUGUUCCAAUGAGAAUGCUUUCAAGAAUAUGUUUAUUUGGUAUCAGCACAAGAAACGAGGACUAGAUACCCCGUUCACUGAGGCUGAAAUUGAUUCCUGUAUGAUUAAUCAGGGUCCCGGAGCACCAAAGUUGAGCAUCAUGAGCUUCCAUGGUGCUUUCCAUGGUCGUACUCUCGGUUGUUUGUCGACCACCCACUCGAAGUACAUUCAUAAGAUCGAUAUCCCCUCAUUUGACUGGCCAAUUGCUCCAUUCCCGAAAUAUCGUUAUCCACUGGAAGAAAACGUACGUGAAAAUGCUCAAGAAGAUGCACGUUGUUUGGCUGAGGUUGAGCGUCUUUUCGAGCAGUACGAAAAGAAGGGAAUUCCGGUGGCCGGAGUUAUUAUUGAACCGAUUCAAAGUGAGGGAGGAGAUAAUGAAGCCUCACCUGAAUUUUUCCAGAAAUUACAACAGAUCACCAAGAAGCAUGGCAGCGCUUUGCUGAUCGAUGAAGUCCAAACCGGAGGAGGGCCAACAGGAAAACUUUGGUGCCAUGAGCACUUUAAUCUUCCAACCCCACCGGAUGUUGUUACUUUCAGUAAGAAGAUGCAACUCGGAGGUUACUAUCAUGGAGCUCACGUGAAGCCUCCACAACCCUACCGAGUGUUCAACACCUGGAUGGGAGACCCAGGAAAGCUCUUGCUGUUGGAGUCCAUCCUGAAGGUUAUCAAACGGGAUGCACUGCUUAGUAAUGUUGAAAAAACUGGCAAAAAAUUGAGGCAAGGAUUGAUCGAUGCUCAGAACAAGUACCCCACUUUACUCAACUCAACGCGUGGUCGUGGCACGUUCUUGGCCAUCAACUGCAGCAGUGGAAAGCUGCGAGAUGAUAUCGUCGGAAAGCUGAAGCAGAAAGGAGUCCUCUCGGGUGGUUGUGGCGAUUUGAGCAUCCGUUUCCGGCCGGCGCUCAUCUUCCAGGAGAAGCACGUUGACAUCUUCCUGGACAAGUUCAACCAAGUUCUGAAGGAGCUGAAGUAAAAUGAAAAGCUCAAAUCAUACAGGAAUACAUUUGUUCGUUAUAAAGUUCUGCUGCCAGAUUGAUCUUCAGCUUCAGCCACUCGUAGAAGCCGAGGUGCAUUUAGAGCAUUUAAAAUUACGAUACAACACAAAAACUGUUGCACAAAUACUUCAAUUAAUGAACCAAAAAUGUCGAAAGCACAUUAAAAUUAACUAUAAUCUUUGAGUAUAUUAUUUAAAUUAACUAAAUACGCAAAAGAUAACCAAAGGAAACAAGCCAAGUAUCUACUAGAAGAAAAUUACAAACAAAUUAUCCAACAAAGGAUCACACCAUUGCCAUUCGAAAGUAAUAAUACAGAACAACAUUUGUCUUCCAGGAAAAUUGUGAUUUCGAUGUUAUAUGGUGUGAAACACACGAACCGCAAGGAGGUUUGUUGAUGUGGUGGUAUGUCAUCGAUGUGAGUGCGUUAGAUAAAUGUUGUUUGCAAAAGUGAAA